UUUCUCAAGCACACAGAAAAAACAGAGGGGUGGAGGGAGAUAGAGGAAGGGAGAGAGAUAGAGAGUCAUACCACAGACACUUGAUUUUUCGUUCAUAUAAGCCACAAGCAGCCCCUCCAUUGUUCAUCACCUCUGGGAUGAACCACAGACCGCCAGGUGUUCAUCAUAACAGCCGACCUGCGGGUUACACCGAUAGCCCCAGGGCUCGGAGCCGUGACAACCUGCUCAUGUACGAUGACUUUGGAGAGGAGAACUGUUGCUCUGGACGAUGCCUCAGCCACAGCAGCUCUGAGAAACAGCUCAUGGCUCGCCUUACUGCUGUUAAACGACGCCAGGCUCUUCGUGGCCCUGCCUACAUGUUCUCUGCUCCUUCAAUCAGCCCAUCAGAGGUUGAGCAACGUUUCCUGGAGGCAGCUGAGUAUGGCAACAUACCGGAGGUGCGGCGCAUGCUGCUCCAUGUGCCAGAGUUGAACGUCAAUGCUGUUGACUACAUGGGCCAGAAUGCUUUGCAGCUGGCUGUAGCCAACGAACAUCUGGAGGUGACGGAGCUGCUGCUGGUGAGGCCGGAUUUGGCCAGAGUGGGUGACGCCCUCCUGUUAGCCAUCAGUAAGAUGUGUGCAUUUGUGGAUGCCUGUAGGACUAUACAUGGGCCAAAAAUACUGGAGCGAUGGCAGAGAGCUGAUAAUGGAGCGCUGUGCAGGGGUAAAGGUUAUGUUCGUAUCACAGAGGCCCUAUUGAGUCACCCGGCAUUUAGAGAUGCCCAUCGUCUGACAGCGAGCCCUGCUCAAGUUGACAUGUUGGAUGACUUCUACGCUUAUGAUGAAGACGGGACGAGGUUCUCUCAUGAUGUUACUCCAGUAAUCCUUGCAGCGCAUUGCCAGGAAUAUGAGAUAGUUCACACCCUGCUCAGUAAAGGGGCUCGCAUUGAUCCUCCUCAUGAUUACUUCUGUGGCUGCGACUCCUGUAACUACCAGCAGCAGUUUGACUCCUUCAGCCACUCAAGAUCAAGGAUCAAUGCCUACAGAGGACUCGCCAGUCCUGCUUACCUCUCCCUGUCCAACGAGGACCCGGUGCUUGCAGCCCUGGAGCUCAGCCACGAACUGGCCAUGCUGGCUAAUAUUGAGAAAGAAUUUAAGAACGAGUACUGCUGUCUGUCCACCCAGUGUAAGGACUAUGUGGUGGGCCUUCUGGAUCUGUGUCGCAGCACCGAGGAGGUGGAGGCCAUACUGAGCGGAGAAACUGAUUCUGAAGACGACUAUAAUCUACCAGGUCGCCCCUCCCUCACACGGCUCAAAUUAGCCAUCAAGUACGAACUCAAAAAGUUUGUGGCUCAUCCUAACUGCCAGCAGCAGCUGCUGAGUAUCUGGUAUGAGAAUCUGCCUGGCUUGAGACAACAAACCACUGCUGUCAAACUGCUGGUGGUGCUGGCCGUGGCUAUAGGACUGCCUGGACUGGCUCUGGCUUACUGGGUGGCUCCAUGCAGCAGAGUGGGGAAAGUCAUGCGUAGCCCCUUCAUGAAGUUUGUGGCCCAUGCCUCAUCCUUCACCAUUUUUCUGGGUCUUCUGAUCCUGAAUGCUGCCGACCGUUUCGCAGGCACCACGCUGCUGCCAAACAUGACCCACCAUCAGCUCCCAGGAGGAUCCCAACUCGACCCGCUGCUGCUCUACCGCAUGACCACAACACCCUUCACGUGGAUGGAGAUGCUCAUUAUUUCAUGGGUCAUGGGUAUGAUCUGGACUGAGGUGAAGGAGAUCUGGAGUCAAGGGCCGGGGGAGUACCUGGUCGAACCGUGGAACUUCCUGGACUUUGGAAUGUUGGCGAUCUUUCUUGCCUCCUUCAGCUGCCGCUUCUCCACUCUGAGACAUGCUGCCUUAGCCCAGACCUAUGUACACACACACUACACAACACUGAUUAAUGUCACGCUGCCCCCCGAGAUACACUACUUUACACUGGCACGGAUCUACUGGUUGCCGUCAGAUCCCCAGCUGGUGUCGGAGGGCCUAUAUGCGGUGGCGGUGGUGCUGAGCUUCUCUCGGAUUGCUUAUAUCCUCCCAGCCAACGAGAGCUUUGGCCCACUGCAGAUCUCUUUAGGGAGGACCGUCAAGGACAUCUUCAAGUUCAUGGUCAUCUUCAUCUUGGUCUUUCUUGCGUUCAUGAUCGGCAUGUUCAACCUGUACUCUUAUUACCUGGGGGCGAAGCAGAAUGAUGCCUUCACCACCCUGGAGGAGAGCUUCAAGACGCUGUUCUGGGCUAUAUUUGGACUGUCUGAGGUCAGGUCUGUUGUGAUCAAUAAUGGACACAAAUUCAUUGAGAACAUUGGUUACGUGCUGUACGGGGUUUACAACGUCACCAUGGUUAUUGUGCUGCUCAACAUGCUCAUCGCCAUGAUCAACAGUUCCUUUCAGGAGAUUGAGGAUGAUGCUGAUGUUGAGUGGAAGUUUGCUCGGGCCAAACUCUGGUUCUCGUACUUUGAGGAGGGAAGGACGCUUCCUGUGCCCUUUAACCUGGUCCCCAGUCCAAAAUCUAUUCUGGGUCUGGCUAUGGCCAUCAAGUCCUUGCUCCUGCAGUAUGUGGUAGGACACCGUAUGGAAAAAACUGCGACACAGCUCAAUCAGCUCGGAGAAGAAAAGAAUUCAGGAUUUGGUGCUUCUACAAUUCCAACCAGAUAUCAGAUCAUGAAGCGACUGAUAAAGCGUUACAUCAUCAAAGCCCAAGCAGACAGAGAGAGUGACGAGAUAACUGAAGGUGAGCUGAAAGAGAUCAAGCAGGACAUCUCCAGCCUGCGGUAUGAGCUGCUAGAGGAAAAAUCCCAGAACACGGAGACACUGGACGGACUGCUGAGGAGGCUGGGAGAGAUCGGUACACCUUCAUAAUAGCACUGCCAGUCACCCUGACGUGUACAUUUAACUGUACAGCUCAAAGAGUUUUAAAUUCUUAAAUGCCUGCUCUCUAUCACUGAAUGUAGAUACAGUACAGUAGUGAUAAUACAACAAUGAAUGUGUGUAUACGAAUAUACAAUUAAACUGUAGCUUGCUGAUAGAA